GGACGGGCGAGCGAGCGAGAGAAGAGUCGACCGUGGCGGGGCCCCUCCCCCUUCCUUGGUUGUGUUGUUGGAUGUCUGACCGGAGUCGGAAGAUGAGGCUCGCACGUAGCAGCGCGUGAUUCCACGGCCGAGACGCUGAGAAACAGGGUAGAAAAUGUCAGAGCCUGAGGAAAGUCUGGCAGCGCCCGAUAGUACCACAAGGGAACAGCGGGUUGGCUUCUCUCAUGGAGAUGAUGUUCUUCAACACAGGGAUGGCAAAUAUUACCUUGGUACAGUUGUUGAGGUGGACUUGGCAAGGGAAAGAUGUCUUGUCAAAUUUCUUGACAAUACAUCUUCCUGGUCGUCGUUUAAAGAGCUGACAAAAUUGGCUCUGCCAGACUCGGAUGUUAUGUGUGUUCUUUGCAAAAAAUCUCAGCCUAAGACUGACAAUGACAUUAUUAUUUGUGACAAAUGUGGCCGUGGCUAUCAUCAGAUGUGUCAUCAGCCUGAAAUAUCAAAACCAGAGCCAGGUAAAGAUGUUCACUGGAUAUGUAAAAGGUGCACAGAUAGCCAACCACGCACACGUGAAUGUGAGCCAAAAAAUUCCAUGGUUAAAGCAAACAUCAGGAAAGUUUGCAGCGGUAGGGACCAACCUCAACCACCACCAGAUGACAUGACAAAAUUGCCAUAUGAUCCUGAUAUGUUAAGUUGGGAUAAUCAUCACAGAGUAAACGCUGAACAAAUUUAUUGUUACUGUGGACUUAAUGGUGAAUGGUAUGCACAGAUGUUACAAUGCGGUCGUUGUAAACAAUGGUUUCAUGAAAAGUGCAUCAGGUGCUUAACUUAUCCCUUGUACAGUGGUGAUAGAUUUUAUGUAUUUGUUUGUUCGAUGUGCAAUCAUGGAAAAGAAUUUGUUCGGCGUUUAGAAAUGAAAUGGGUAGAUCUGGUGCACCUGAUGUUGUACAAUCUGACUGUUUAUAAUGCUAAAAAGUAUUAUGAUUUGGACACUGUUAUUAUACCUUACGCAAAUGACAACUGGUUAACUUUACAGCUUCCACCACGGAUUAGAGAUGUCAGCGCUGAAGUACGCAGGGAUACUAUAUUGUCAGUAUUGACAAACAAUAGAAACAGAUUCAAGUGCGGUAAAGAAAUAAAAAAGCGCACUACAAUAUGGGGCCUCCGUGUCAGACUGCCACCACCUUGUCCAUUUAUCAAUUUUCCAAUGUCUGGCGAGAUAGAUGAUUCUGUGUUACGUAGAUGUUGGGCUGGUAAUAAAAGACUGCAAUAUCUUCCUCCACCAACUGGUCCGGUGAGUUUGCCAGAAAGUACAAAACAAUUGAUUGCAUUAAAACAUAAGGCGGCGGAGGAUGUAGAAAUUCCUGUGAGUCCUACACAUCUGGUAAUGCGAGGUACAAUUUAUCAAAAUUCGGAGGCAGAACAAAGUUCGUGUGCAAGCCCACCUCCAUUAACAGAAUCCAGUCAAUCAAUAGAAUCUUUAAGGAACAGAUAUUGCAAUAUAGGCGGCGGUUUUGUAAAAAAAUCAUUCCCAUUUCCUAAGUUGAGUGUACACAGAAGACUUCGUCGUCUACUAGCAUUAGGCAAUUCACGGAAAAGAAUAUUGCGUAAACAGAAGAAAAGAGAGAAAGCAUGUAGCGAAAGUACCAAGGAAACAUUGCUAGAAGAUCGAGAAGCAAGAUACAGAAAAGCAAGAAUAUUACUGAAGAAUGCUAUUGCCAAGGUAAAAGAGAGGAAGAGCAAACCACAGAGCUCAGAAGCAUCAGACUUACCUCCAACACCUCCAACCUCUGUUUCUGGACCGCCAACACCACCAGCUACAACAUCAGGUAUAUCCGAGCUGUCUGUGCCUAGUUCCGUGGAUCUAAUGCAUCCUCUGCCACCUUCAACGCCCGCGGAUACAAGCGGGGACGAAACUAGUUCAAGAGGAACUCUUGAUUCUUUCAUUCCACCGCCCAAAGAUUUUGAAGGAAAGAAUAAUCCAUUCAGUGAUUUAGUGGGCACGCCUUGUAGCCUUAAUCAAGCAAACUCGAGUACACCGUUACCUUACAACCAGUGUCCCAUUACCUUGCCUCUGCCACUGACGCCUGUGAUCUCGCAACCGCCAGUGGUACGUCCAGCUAAGAGGCAGUUAUCAGAAAAGGAUAUUAUCGUUGACAGAAAUGGGCAAGUGAAACGUAGAAGGCAACAUCGACGAGGACGUCCACCUGUCCAACAGCAAGUACAGCAACAAUUUCAGCAGACCGCCAGCAAAACGGCAGCUAUUCUACCAGCUCGUAAUAACGAAGUUAAAAGUGAAUUUGCCAGGAAUUUAAGAAGUUCGUUUAAUGGUGCCUCGAGCAGUGCGAGUAGUCAAAUUGGGAAUUGUGUGGAUUAUGCCUUAAAUGGUAGAAGGUUGAGACAGCGGCAAAGUAAUGAUAAAUUACCUCCCCCUGAUCCGCAACCGCAAAGAAAGAGCAGCAUGUCUUCAUCUCCAAAGUGUUCACCUGUGAAGCAAAGUGCGCCUGACAUAUCUCUGGAUGAUUUGAAAUCAUCAGUGAAUAUUUACUUCGGUGCAGCUAACAGAAUAGCUGCUGGUGAAAAGUUUGUCAUCAAAGCGAAGAGGAUAGGACCAAACGGUCAGAUACAGUACCUCAUCGAAUGGGAGGGACUCAAUACUUAACGGUAAAUAAUUCGCUUACCACGAAUAUAUUGCAUUCGUAUACAAAUUUUUAAGUUGAUAUCAAGCGUAAGAUGACGAUGUAUAUCGGCAUCUCUUGUAAUCAAUUUUCUCGAUUUGCUUUUAAGGCAAAAUGAUUAUGAUCGAUUGUUUUGCAUUAUUGCACUGCCACUUGUUACGUACAUUUAAUUAAAAUGUAUGUAUUUAUCGGCGUAGAAUAUGUGAAUGUUCUUGUAAACGUACAUUUCUCAUUUCAUUAAAUUAUCAAUUUGAAUCGUACGAGAGAUUUUUAUUAUGUUCAAUAUAUGUUAUUAUUAGACAAUGAAAUCUCAUUGUCACAUUUAAAAUAAAAUUGAGUUAUCAAAUAAUAUGUCAAAUCAUAUUGAUUUAUUGAAUAGUGUAUUAAAUUAUAUUAAUAGAUGAUUUUUUCAUGUUUAUCUUUUUAUAAUCAGAAACAAGUAUACGAUCCAUGUUGAUUUACUACGCAUAUGCACUUCAUCAUUUACAUAUAUACAUACAUUGAAACGAAUAUACACACCGAAAUGCUUGCUUGAAAAAGAACGUUUGCAAGAACAAACGGAUGUAUUGCUUAUCAACUGUAAAUAGUGUAGCAUAGUAGACUUGCGGAAGUAAUCGACGAUGUAAGCCACGCGAAAAGAAAGUUCCGUGUGUGAUUUACAUUCAGAUACAGAAAGAUUGGUCACAAUCGUCUUCUCCAAAUAUCAAGCUAAACCAUCAGUAUGACAACACAAAAAGUGAUUUAAAAUCAGACACUUGUUCCUCUUACUUGUACUAACGUACUAGCGAAUGUUAGUAGUUAGUAGUAAAGAGUAAAACAAAGCAGACAUCCUGCAAAGGUUAUUUUUCAAUACACUUGUAGAGAUAAUCGUCGCCUUCUGUAACUUCAUUGUCUUAGAUUACAUUUUACUUACCCCUUUUGACAAUACGAUGCAAAUCAAAAUUUCUCAAGAAAAAUAAACUUGCCCUAAUUUUUACACUCAUGAAUCUGUUCACACUCAUAUUGAAUACAUGAAAGAAACGCAGUAUCGCAAUAUUUUUCAUAUAGAUCAGACUUAAAUCAAUGUACUUGAGAUGAUGAAGCUGCAGAUUUAGCCAUUGCUCAUUAUUAUACAAGACUAAGAGAAAACGGCACACCUGUUUCGUACCAUUUGAAAUUAAACAAACGGCGCACUGAAUACGUAAGUAAUUGGCCAAGUUAUCUGUGCAAAGUAAUUAUGAACUUUAACUAUGAACUACUCAGAACUGUGUUAUCAGGCACACAAUAUGUGAGCUCAUUAUUAUGUAGUUGUGCACUCUGUAAAAACGAUCUUUAUGCAUUAUAAACAGCUAGAAGCUAAAUUGUACAUAAAUAGAUUGAUAUCUAAACUGUCAUGUAACACAGUUAGAUAUGGUAGUCGAUAAAUGUAACACAGUGUCGUAAAUUAUCUUACAAUAAUUUUUGAUACAAAUUAUUUUAUACAACUCUGGACCCUGCUGGGAUUAUUACGUAAGAAGCAUUUUGUACCUCAUACUGCACAGAAUCUAUGGUCAUAACUUACUAAUCAGAAAAUGUAAGCAACUAUAAGCGAUAUAAUAUAGACAUUGCAGUAGUAGCCAUUAGUCUCAAUCAUAGAGUCUCAAAUCAAAAGAGCUUAUUAGAAAAGUGAACUCUAAACAUUUCGUUUUUGGUCUAUGAUCUUCAGUGAUGAAUUAUAGAAAUUCGCUUUUAUAAUGAAAUUUUAUUUUAUAUUUUGCAAGUGCAUGUGUUUUAUUCAUGAGGUGUUGCUAAUGGGAAGCUAACGUAAUGUACAAAUAGUUGUUUCUUUUUUUUCAUUGAUCAAAUGAAAAUUCUGUUGAAAACAGAAGUUUUAGUUAUGAGAACUCUUAUUUAUGAUCAUAAUAUUUUAGAAAUUCAUUUGCGUUUUAUAAUUAAUUCUUAUUGAAUUUUAUUUAAAUUCAAUAAGUGAAUGUCAUUCUAGAUCAUUUCAUUUCGAAUUUCUCAAUAGGUUAAAAUGAAUCCAUAAAAAAACUCAUGCGAAUCUAUAAAUUUUAAGCAUUCAUCUUCGCUAUUUAUUUAAACUUUUUAAAUACAAUGCACAAUGGCACUUUUUAUUCUUUUUUUUAAGAGGCUCAAGCAAUCUGAGGCCACUGUGGUAUGAAAUGAGAAAUCUUUCACGAAUUGUCUUUCUGUUAUAGUCAUAAGAUAUUUAAGCGAGUCAAAACGAGUGUGUCAAAAACUUUGAAUCUUCCUUUCAUCAAGCUUUAAAUUUUUACGAAUAACUUUUGUAAAACGUAUACAAUAAUAGAUUUCUUUCGUAUAUUUCGGCAAUGAUUCACGUUUUAUAUAAAUAUUUCUUGCAUUUCUCUUUCGUAAUGAAUUAUUUAACAAUAUUAUUUAACAAAUUUCUAAUUAACGUUAUAUAUCAUGUAUGAUUAGAAACAUUAUAUGUAUAAUAUAACAUUAUAUAUAUAAUAUUAUAUAAUCAUAAAUUGUAUCUUUUUUACAUAGUUGCAAUUUUAAGAACAUCUUUUUCGAUUCAUACCACAGCACACUCUAUUGAUAUCUCCUGUAGAGUGAUACGUAGGUAAUAUUGGACGAAGACAAGAAAUGGACACUGCCAAAUUUCUAAGUUAUUUAAUAAAUGACGUCGGACAUCGUUGCGCUAUGAUAUGUAAUGGCGAUUAAUUAAUGAAAUUGCGAUUCAUACUUAUCGUCGCGCGUUAUUUCGCACGCGAAUUUCGCGGAGACGUAUCGCUAACUCGCGAUGAAAUUUCAACGAAACCAUUUCAUAAUGUACAUGCAUCCAAGUCUUACGAAAGUGAAAUGAAACGUAGCAUUUCUUAUAUUUUAUGUAAGAGGUGGCGUAGAGGGAGAAACAAAAACUCUCAGUUUAUCAAUUGUGUGUAAGAAGUUGAAGAAGCGUAUAUCUGAUUAUACAUAUUUUCUACACUUUGCGAUCUCCAAUUGCACGGUAAUGUAAAGGCUAAAUCUAGGACAUAAAACAUCAAAAGAAACAUAAACAUGAGCCGGUAUUCACAGUCAAUUUUUUAUUUCAAAACCAUCUUAAGUAAUGUCUAAAGAUGCUAAUACGGUUCUCUGAUUGGUUGAUGACAUCUUAAAAUGGUAUUUAAGAUUUUUAAUAUAAGAAUCGGCUAUGAAUACCGGGCAAAAAUUGUCUCUUCUAAGUUAAAACGAAUUAUAAAGACUGCAGGAUUGUAGAAACGUGUACGCUACUGCACUCUCUGACCCUGACCUGGAAUUUAUUGAUACCUUGGUUUCCUUAUAUGUACAUAUCAAUGAAGUAACUCGCAUUAGACGGUAACUAAUUAUAUCUGUCGUGAUAUAAUCUGGAUGUACGAAUACACUAAUGUUUUCUCGUUUUAAGUUGCACUGUACAUCAAAGCACAUUCGGCGUGUUUGCGGUUCUACUAGAUAAAAAAAUUUUUUAUAUAAAAGAACCAACAGUCAUAACGUAUGAACAUUUAAAAAGACAAAUUUUGAACAUGUUCCAAUAUGCCAUCGAAUGGUUAAGCAUUUUUGUCCUCGUGUGUAUUUAAUCAAUAUAUAACAAAGUGAAAUUGCUAAGUAUCAAUUGCUAAAUUUCUUCAGAAAUCAAUUAGUAGUGCUAAUUACCAAUUGAUACUAAUUAUACAAUAAUAAAUAUUAAAAGAACUGAUAUUUAUUAAUUUGUAUUGAAAAAUUUACCGGGUCAGAUUCAGCCGGGCGUUAUAGCGGAAAACGAAAACUUUUAGCAUUUUUUUUUUCCAAUUCGUUAUUUAAAGGAAAGAUCUUAGAUUUACAUUUAUUGUACAAUCUUUUCUUGUUGUUUUAUGCUUCUAGAUUUGCCCCCGAAAAAGUAUGUCGCGCGAUAUAAUCGUACAAUGUUUCGUUUAUUAUUGAAAAGUUAGUUUUGUUUAUUUGGAUAAUGUUCCUCUUUCUAAAAUGCGCGAGAGCAGCGUUUUGCGAGUUUUAGAUUCUCCCGUGUCCAUCUUCAAUUUUAACGAUACUAAAGCGACGCAAGACAAUUCCGUCGACGAUCCGUUACCGCUUCUUUCCUUUUACCGUAUGCUUAAGUAAGAUAAACGAAGGACACUGCGUCACACCGGUAUGGUGCACCGUUAAUGAUUUAAAGCGAUCGACCAUGCGUUUCGACAUCGAGAAGCGUCAUCUUCGCGACUUCGCAGCGUUUUUAUACGAGACGUUUAUGAUUUCUACGUGUCUAAGAGCGAAUAAUUUUUGCGAUCGUGGAGAUCCAGUCGUUUGGAUUUCUAUCGCGCGCAGAAAAUUUGGAAAGGAGAGCCGUUAAAGUUAUACGCCGCGUAUAAGUUCGCUCCGACUCGCGCGGAUUCCAAUCGCCGCCAUGAAUCGCGGCCCGAAGAGCCGAAAGGAAAGGAUGUUGUCUAGUUAAUUAUCGCUAUCGCGAGACGAAAUUCAUGUUCGUAUCCGUGCGUGUCGAAUCAACGCGUCCGUGCGCGUCUAAUCGGAGCGGAACAUACGCCGCGCCACAAGGGAGAUUGUAAGACGGCGAAAGUUAUACUGCCAGUAUAUCGUGUGUACAUAUUAUAUAACUCUCACAUCCUCCUCAUCGCCUGCCUGCCCGCCCUCUUUUUUAACGUAUAAAUAUCCAUACAAAUACACACCCAGUGUAGCGCAUAUAGUUGAUACGUUAUAUUACCGUUUGUAUGGCGAUUACAGAGCGUGUGCGAUAACGAGCUCGGGGGAAGCUCGGUAUGUUACUUUCAGAGCGGAUCCCACCGACGCCGCUCCUCGGCGGCGUGUUCUUAGUGUUCUUCGUUAUGAUUUUAAUCGUGAGACUUGUGGAAAUUGCGAUAUCUCGGCACUCGUUAAGGGUUCUCUGCCCGCGGCGUGUCUUCAAUUGCGAGAGAGAAAAGUCCUUGAAGUAAAAGCUUGGACAUCGGUUAGAUAUCAAGGGUGCUUUCUUAGCUCUGAAAAAGCUCAUGUCGUAACUUUAUAUUAUUUAUGCCAUUCAAUGUAAAUAUGACAACGAUGUUCGUUGCAUUUCAGCUUAAAAUUAUCGUUUAAAAUUCAACCGUUUUUUGCGAUAUUUGAAAUUUCUUUAAUACAAACGAAAAUUAGUUAAAGUGGAUCUUGAUGUCGAAACUCUUACUCAAGGGACUCUAAGAACAGUUGCGUUCGAGCGUUUCUGGAGUCACUUCACUCGUACAAUCCGGAGAUUCGUAUGAUAAUCAAUCCCAAUUUGGUCCUGUCCUCGAAACCUUCGGUCUCUCGCCGAAACUAAAAUCUUCGAAGAAAAAAAAAAACGCUCGUGCGAGCACAAAAACGCUUUAGUCAAUGCGUUAAAUUAGCGAGAUGUUACUUGUAAAAAUUUAGAGUAUUCUACGUUGUUGAAUGAAACGUUCUCCGAUCGGUCGGACUGCCCAACAGUUGUAAAGAAAAUCGCGGCAACACACGUUUGAAAGUUAUUUCAUAUUACGCGUCAUUUAACGCGCUGCGAAUCAUUUCGCCGUAACGUUAACCAAAGGUGUGAGAUCAAUCGAGUUAUCGAUAACACGCGAUCAUGAUGCGAAAACGUUUAUUUUACGGACACAACGUUGUCUUGCGUGAAUCAACGACAUGUACAUGCACGAUGUGAUUGAUGUCGAUUGAUUUUCUUCGAUAUUUUAUAAGACAUGCCAAUUCGAGUGCUGGUUGCCCGAAUAGGGAUUACGUUGUGACCGGAAGAUGGCCCGCUUAUUCUUUUUUUGCCAAAAGUAUUGUAUUUAUGGAGCCGACAGUUUUGUUCGUUUGUAACAUUUAUAUUCGAUUGAAAGAAAAAAAUAAUAAUAAAAACGCGCCAAGGUCGUUUCUGACGGGCGGCAAGAUUAUUAGUUCGGUGUAAGAAGUGCAACGUGCGUCACAAGUUUUUCGUACCAGCAACGUGUUCGUAAUGAAUUCUACCUUUAUAGAUAAAGUUUCGACAAUAUCGUACGGUGUAAGAGUCAUUUUCGCGAGGGAAUAUUGAUUUCGUGAUUCGAUACGAUUCUCACAACGAAAAAAAGAUCCGAUCGACAGCGUCCACGUGCCAACGGCGUUGAUAGUCCUAUGAGGGAGAGGAAAAAAGGAAAGAGAGAGAGAGAGACAGUACUCGCUACUCGCAAUCCAAAUUCGUAGGGAUUAUUUUAGAUAAUAAGACACCCCAUACAGCACAGGAUAGAAGCAUUGCAGAAUAUUGUUGCAAUACUUCAGCAAUAUUGCAGUAACGAUAAAAUGCCCGUUUCAGAAAUGCAAUAUUUUAUAAUGUUUUUGCUAUUCUGUGCUGUGUGGCAGCUAGUGAAUAAUUUCAAGAGCAGGCCUCGCCGGGAGGCGAAACGGAUCGCCGAGCCGAGAUCAAUUUCUGUAAUCUUGUGUGCGGAGAUUGCGACUGUGAAGUGAGCGUGGAGGAGCGUGUACGCUCCGAAUGCGAUUGCAUUUAAUUUGCUAAUGUAUGUAUGUGUGUGUGUAUAUGUAUACAUGCGUGUAUGUAUGUGUGUAUGUGUACAUUUGUUUACGUGCACGAUAAAAUUUUAGAGAGGGAGAGAGAAAGAGAGAGAGAACUGGAUAUUUCGAAAUAAUUUGUCAUCGUAGAGGCGAGACGCGGAAACAAAGCGAGAUAAAUGCGUCUGUCCCGACCCUCCGGUAUUCGCGAUUGGAAAAAUUCUGCGGGAAACGUAUCUCUCGCCUUCUUCCUUCCUUCCUUUUGGCUUUUCUUUCGUUUCACGCACCCGUGUCGCUCCGCGACCGGCGAGAUCGAGCGCGACGGACAGACGUUUUGGCCGCUUCGCCAGAAUUGAUGUGUGAUAGAACCAACUUAUCUCCGCAGAUCUCCAAAUUUACGUUUCUGCGUAUAUUUCCAUUUUUAAUGUUAAUUCAGUAGUGGACUCUGUAUAUACACCGCCUGCGCUGCGUACGAAUAUUGCGAUUGUUGCUCUGACCGAUAUUCUUUCUGCAGCCAUCCCCGAUCGAUUCGACGAUCCGCGGAAUCCUCGGGAGCAGGAGCUGUGAUCGAUGUUUUGCUGAUCCAGUUCUGACGCGAUUGAAAUAGGAAAAAAUUUUAUCAUCAUUCUCCGCAUUGUACAUAUACACAGCUCAUCGCUCAGCCCGUUCGGAGUUCGGUUUCCUCGAGAUAAACUGCCAGACUAUUCGAGGAAUUCGUUUUUGUAACGGGAGACAAUCGUUCGUUUUGUUUUCAAUUGGAGCAGAAAGCUUCCCGCAGAAUUCUUCGUCGCGGUAAAACGUGCGACGCACGUACGACGUCUUCGCGACUCUGUUAUCAAUUUGAUAGGUGAACAUCGCGACGAGAGGAGAUCGAGGGAAAUGGAAAGGGUUCGGCCAGAGCAUUUUUAUGUUUAUAGUAUAUAUACGGAUAUAUAUACAGAAUGCUCCGGAGUUGUCGCUGUAUUCGAUCGAUCUGCGGGAUUCUCUCGUACAAUUUAGAGAAAUGCGGCUUUUUCGUGACUUUCCGACUUUUCGCAAAGAUUCGAUCUUGUUACACGACAAAGCAAAAAUGAUUUUCGAUACGAAAUUAAUUUAUAUUGUUUGUUAGUUACAUUUUGUACACGAGAGUUACGAUUUCGCUUCUAAAUUGAAAAGAAUCCGCAGCCGUGAGCGUUUCAACGACGGUUUCGGAGAUGCACCCGUACACAUGCAUAUAAAUAGUUUUACUUAAGAUUAUCUUAACGAGCUACAAUUCUAUCUUUUCUUUUUGUCUUUUUCGAGCUGUCGAUGACGACAGCUCGCAUGCCGUUAACCGUCGUUGCCGCGAAAUUCGCGUGUCAAUUUUUAUCACACACGGCACGACGGCGCUCGCCUGUUGGGGGAAACCGUGCUCUCCGUGGUCAUUGUUGUUUUACUCAGCUUGUGUAAAGAGACUGAUUCAUAAACUCCUUCACCUGUUUCAUUUUCAUACUUCAUCCGUUUUCAUCGUCAUCGACUCGAAUGACGCGCAUACGGAGACCCACGUACAAAAGGAAGGUUUUAAAGCGAGAAGAAAGGAGGUCGAUCAUCGGGAUCGGCGGCGAUCGAUGAUCACCGGACUCGCUGUUGUAAAGAGAGAAUAAUAAACGAUACGUGUAGACUUAA